UGUCUCGUCAACGUCUCGUACUCAAAAUUUUGGCAUAUAUUCUAGUAUGGGCUCGUUACAAUGGCACAUGCAUACAUUCGGGUCGUCGGAUUAUGACGUUUCCGAUGGUUGUAGUGACUGGGACUCAGAUACGAGUUCCAGUUCACGUCAGAUGCACUUAGACUUACAAUGUUCACAUUGUUCCGUUUCUAUCGACUCUACCGAUUCAUUCGGGCCUGUGUACCCCUUGGACGCCUUCCUAGAGUCGACAGUGGCACUAGAAGAUCUGCCAGACGCUUAUGAAUUAGCAGUAACCCUUGAUGACUUUGUUUGUUCAGACUCGGACGACCUUGAACCAGAACCGGAAACGGAAUACAACGAUGAAAAACUACUUAUAUUAAAUACCCCCAAUGCACUCUAUCAGCUAUUUCACAAGGACAAGCUACAAGUCCGGGUCGCCGCAUCCCUACCUUCGAAAUGACCUCGUACCUCUGUCUAACCACUUCAGUUUUCAUGCACUUUAAUUGCAUAGUCUCCUUCAUUGAUCCGUUAAUCGAUUGUGUUCAACAGUACUAGUUUGCUUUCCAAGUCAUACAUCGUUUACUAUGCUCUUUCGUUGCUAUUUUCACUCGUUUUCAGUU